GUAUUCCGUUGACUCCACUGCCCAUGAUUCUCUUGAGGGCUUAACCUUAACCUCUGUAGCAGCACCAGUAGCAGUCCUGGGACAGAGGUAGGAUUAUCCCUCUCCUUGUUUUGUUUGCUUUCUGGGGUGGUGAUUGAAGAUGGGCUUUGAGCCAUUGAAUUGGUACUGCCGGCCAGUUGCUAAUGGGGUCUGGACAAAAGAAGCUGAUAGUUCUUUUGGUGCAUACACACCUUGUGCAAUUGAUUCCCUGGUGAUUUCCAUUUCUCAUCUGGUUCUUUUGGGCCUCUGCUUAUACCGGAUAUGGCUGAUUAAAAAGCAUGCCAAAGCUCAAAGGUUCUGUUUGAGGUCAAAUUGGUAUAAUUAUCUGUUGGGGUUAUUGUCUGGUUAUUGUGUUGCUGAGCCGCUUUCAAGGUUGGUCAUGGGUAUUUCAGUCUUUAAUCUGGAUGGAGAGACUGGCCUUGCUCCCUUUGAGGCAACUUCUUCGAUCAUUGAAGCUCUUGCUUGGUGCUCCAUGGUGAUUCUGAUUGGAUUGGAAACUAAAAUUUACAUCAAGGAGUUCCGCUGGUAUGUGAGGUUUGGAGUUGUUUAUGUUUUGGUCGGGGAUGCUGCCCUGCUCAAUGUUAUUCUUCCAAUGAGGGACUUCUAUAAUGGAUCUGCCUUAUAUUUGUACAUCAGCAUGGUUUUAUGUGAGGUUCUGUUUGGGGUCCUUCUGCUGGUUUAUGUUCCUAAUUUAAAUCCGUAUCCUGGUUAUGUUAUCAUACGAAGUGAGUCUCUUGACAAUGUUGAAUAUGAAGCACUUCCCGAUGGAGAGCAAAUUUGUCCUGAGAGGCAGGCCAAUAUAUUCUCUAAGGUAGAGGGGAUGGAAUCUCAGUUUUAUCUAGGUCUUAUAACUAAAUAUUUGGUGAAUUGUCCUCUUGUAGGAAUAUUUUUUGGAUGGAUUGCUCCUCUCAUACAGCAAGGUUCUAGAAGACCUAUCACUGAAAAGGAUGUUUGGAAGUUAGACACAUGGGAUCAGACUGAAACACUGAUGAAGAAGUUUGUAUCUGUUUCUUCCACUGUACUUGCUGCUGCAUGGUUUUUUACUGCUGAUCUACUUGGAUAAUAGUUUUAACCUUUGUAGGUUCCAAAGAUGUUGGGUUGAAGAAACUCAAAGAGAGAAGCCGUGGCUUU